UGAGUCGCACUCCCCCCUCCCCCUUCUCCUGUCCGCCGCUCGGCCUGCCCUGAUGCGAGCGAGCGCCGCGCGGUCAGUCUGGGUGCGACAGUGCCUGCGAGCGGACGGCGCGGGACGCUCCGAGCGCGACCGACAGCUGUUCUACACGGAGGCCUGCAGCAGCCGAAGGGAGUAGGAAAGCUUGUGUGAAGACACACCUGAUCUUCGCCCUGGAGAUCUGCAGCUGCAAUGGGCAUUCAAGGACUUGAGAGGUACCUGCUGACGCACCAUGACGCCUGUCCUACCGUGAGCAUCGCAGACCUCGUGAAGGAGUACAAGGAGAAGACGGGGCGGUCGGAGGCUGUGGCCGUAGUGGACGGCGGUAUGCUGACGUAUCACGUGAUGGGACGACUUGACUUGCUCCUGGGUGGGCAGUUUAAGGAAUUCGCCGAGGGAAUUGUUGCCUUCGCGCGCCGUCUUCAAGGUGUCGGUGCUGCUCCGGUCUUCUUCUUCAAGGGCGUGCCUAGCAAGGGCCGCCUGAGCACGUGGAGUGAGAGGAAGCGGAAGGAGCACGCCCGGGCGGUGGCGGUGUACGCGCGCCUGCAGGAUACGGCCCAGCGGGCAGGAGAUAGCCAAGUGGUGACGGAACCCCAGCCUGAGGUGAGCGAAGUGGUGACGGAACCCCAGCCUGAGGUGAACGUUGUGGUGACGGAACCCCAGCCCGAGGUCAACGAAGUGGUGACGGAACCCCAGCCCGAGGUCAACGAAGUGGUGACGGAACCCCAGCCUGAAGUGAGUCAAGUGGUGACGGAACCCCAGCCUGAGGUUAACGAAGUGGUGACGGAACCUCAGCUUGAGCUUAACGAAGUUGUGACGGAACCCCAGCCUGAGGUGAACGAUGCGGUGACAGAACCCCAGCCUGAGGCGAACGAAGCGGUGACAAAACCCCAGCCUGAGGUUAACGAAGCGGUGACAAUCCAGCGGCAGAAGAAAUCGGAUCAAACAACCAACUGCUGCAAGAACCAGCGAGAGAACGUGAACCAGGAGGGCCGGCCGGAGAAGUCCUUAGGGGACGUGAGGCCCAGCGCCGAGGCCGAAGGUGAACAUGACCAGGGCGCAGUUCUGGAGGUUGCCGUUUCUGGCCUCCGCCUUGACUCUGCUGACUGCGAGCCGUUGCUGGGGUCGGCACCCUCUCAUCAGGUCCAACCUGGGAGCGGUGGUGGCCGCGGCCGUGGUUGCUUUGCGCCCCGAGGGCGGGGUGCUGUCCGUGGCCGGCGCGUUCUGACGGUUCGUGACCAGCCCGCUCACCAAACGGCUGGGCAUGGCAACCUGCUUCCCCCCGGCACCCACGACUGCGCCUUACUGGCGCUCAAAAUGGCAGGAUUUGAGGUACGCCUCACUGUGGACGAGUUCGACGUGGAGGUGGCCCGGUUUGCACGGCGCGAGUCGUGCUUCUGCAUCCUGUCGCGCGACACGGACUACGUGGCCAUGGAGGGCGCGCUGCACUACUUGUCUCUGGGCCACUUGGACGAGCAGGCCAUGACGACGGUGCUCUUCGACCGGGAUGCGAUCGCCCGCGCACUGGGGCUGAGGCACCGCCAACAGCUGCCGCUGCUGCUCGCACUCCUGCCCAACGGCUGCGUGCCCGCCCCCUACCUUAUUCCUCUGCACCUAAUAGCGUCCGGCGGCCGCAAGGAAUCACUCAGUCCCAAACUCUAUUUUCGCGUCGAGAAAGUCGUUCAAAAGCUUGGUGAGCUGGUUCGCAAGGAUUUGUGGGGGAAGUCUGUUGAGGAAGCAGCGGAGAUCGUGAUCACCAGGGCUCUGGCCUCGUAUCCCAAAGAGACGUUGAACCGCUUUUCCCGGGAGCUCAAGUUUGCGGACCGCUGGGCGCUGCGCGAGUCGCUUCGUGUCCAGCUCGAGGCCAGUUUGCGGGGCCAUGACUACACACCGCCAGCGUCGGAUGAGUCGCCUGCUCCCAAAGCGUCGCCCGUGAGCUCGAAUGACAAGUGUAAUUCCGUGGACUCGGAAGUUCUGGAGCUGGCACUGGCUCGCCACCGCGGCCUCCGCUUUGCGUCGCCCUGGGUGCUGACACUCCUGCUUCGCCGCGUCAUCGAGCUGAAUCCCGUGCUGGAAGACCCAACCCUCCCUCCACACUGCGGCUCCGCCACGGCGCUCCUGGCGUUCCGCCGCCGGGCUUACGGGGUGCUGUUCAAGGGCAGUGUACUGACUAAUGAGGAUCCAUUAGUUGUGCGCGAGUUUAUUCUUUCCAAUGCCCUCCCAUCCGACGGUCAGCUGCAGCCUACAGUGGUCUACCCGAAUAUGCCAGAGGACGUGCUUGUGCCCCACCCGGGACUGAAAGCUCUCUGGAGCGGUGAGGAUCAUGCUGCUUCUGCAUGGCGGCUUUUUGUGUGGUGUCUAUGUCCUGCCCUUCUUAGCAGUUCAGAGAGCGCUGAUGAGUUGGUAGGCCGUCUGCGGGCUCUGCCGCCUGCUCUUGCGCUACCAGCAGCUGCCAUGUUCCUGCUGAGGCACAGCGGAGCUGUCGCGUCGGCUCUCUCUGCAAGGCCCGGAGCGGGGCUCUGCAACCCUGGCGUCGGCACUGACGUGCACUUAAAGGGCGCGUCGCUCGAGGUUUUGUCUGAGGACGACAUUCUCCAGCUUAUUGCUAGAACCUGCGUUGUCGCUGGGCGGCUGUCUGCCGCAGAGAUCGGCGCCUUGCCUAAGCCCCGCUGCGUGAGAUUGGCGGUGCACAUCGCGGCGUUGUUCAUGCGCACGUGGAGCUACUUGGUGGUGCUCAACGACAUCUUGGGCAACCCUGUGCCAGUUGAUAAGCUGUAUCCUCCUGACUUCUUCGAUGGAAAGUUGUGGCAGUGUAUGUUUAGUGGCUCACGUGUGCACCAGGACUCUGAUGACGACCUCGUUGUGGACACACUCGUGUGCAUAUCAGGUCAUGGAACUGAUUUAUGCGAGUGUUGUGGUGUAUCAAAGAACUCCAUCAACUUGGUCGAUGACCAAUGCUGACCAUAUUGGCCUGUGAUGGCUUCAGGAGAGAUGAGUUUCGUACUUGAACAGCCUUGUGCUGAACGUUGACUUUCCUAGUACAAACUAAUUUUGUAUUGUAAGGAAACUGUGCCUCUGUUUUUUUUAUUUGCCCUUUUUUACUAAAAAGACCAAUGUCAAUUAUUUUUUUUUUUUUCUGAUAUGGGUUGUAAAAUAUGAACAGUAUCUAUUGUACCAGAUCACAUUCUUAUACCUCGUUAUGAAUAAAGAGUUAGCGAAAAGAAA